AUGACGAGCUAUGUGGAUUUUGCAAGCAUUCUAAUAGCUUUAGACUCAGACUGUGUCUUCUUACCAUGCAGUGAGUCGGAGAAGCAGUUUGAAAUUCUGCUCAUUGGAGCGACGGGUGGAGCGAUCCUUGGGCGCCACCUAGUGAGCAAAAUCACCAUUGCCAAAAGUGACUCUCCCUUUGGCAUCAUAAGGUUUCUCAACCAAAGCAAAAUUUCCGUUCCUAACCCCAACUCCACAAUGGCUUUACACUUGGUGUUAGAGCGGACUGGCGGACUCUUGGGAGAGAUUCAGGUGAGCUGGGAGAUAGUAGGGCCCAAUUCUGAGGAACCGUUACUGCCACAGCAUGGAGACUUUGCAGACCCAGUGAGUGGCAUGGUCUCUUUUGGAGAUGGGGAAGGUGGUGUGAGAACCAUCACCCUCACAGUUUGUCCUCAUGAAGAAACUGAAGCAGAAGAGACUUUUGUUGUCCAGCUUAAGUCUUUGAAAGAAGCCAAGUUAGAUCCCAGAGCUAAAGCUGUUACGCUAACCAUACAGAAGUUUGGGGAUCCAAAUGGAGUCAUCCAUUUUGCUCCUGAGUCUUUAUCUAAGAAAACGUACUCCGAGCCACCACCGUCAGAAGGACCCAUGCUUAUAUCCUUCCUUGUCACGAGAUCCAAAGGCACCUCUGGAGAGAUCAUGGUGCACUGGGAGCUAAGCAGUGAGUUUGACCUUACGGGAGACUUCCUUUCCACCCGAGGACUUUUCACCAUUGCUGAUGGAGACAGUGAAGCAAGCUUUGAUGUCCAUUUGCUGCCAGAUGAUGUCCCUGAGAUAGAGGAAGAAUAUGCUGUCCAGCUAGUUUCUGUAGAGGGAGGUGCAGAACUGGACCUGGAGAAAUGCACCUCGAGGUUCUCUGUAUCUGCCAAUGAUGACCCGCAUGGCAUAUUUGCCCUUUAUUCAGAUCAGCAGUCAGUACUGAUUGGGCAGAACCUCAUUAGAUCCAUCCAAAUUAACAUCACCCGGCUUGCUGGAGUGUUUGGUGCUGUGGCUGUGACACUUCAAAUACUGUCUGACAAUAAGGAAGACCCAGUUGCUACUGAAAAUGAAGAGAGACAAAUGGUGAUCAAAGAUGGGGCCAGAUAUAAAGUAGGCUUGGUGCCCUUGAAAAAUCAGGUCUUCCUAUCACUGGGCUCCAAUUUCACCCUGCGGCUGCUGUCAGCAAGGCUUCUGAGUGGACCUUUCUAUGGAAUGCCAACAAUUCACCAGGAAGCAAAUCAAGCUUUUCUCUCUGUUCCUGAGGAAGCUGCCAAUUCCCAGGACAGAGUUUUAAGAGUUCUCUUAAUGCCAACAAUUCACCAGGAAGCAAAUCAAGCUUUUCUCUCUGUUCCUGAGGAAGCUGCCAAUUCCCAGGUUGGCUUCGAAUCCACUGCUUUCCAACUCAUUGACAUCACGGCCGGCACAAGCCAAGUCACGGUCUCCAGGAGAGGUACAUAUGGCAGGCUGUCUGUGGCCUGGACCACAGGAUAUGCUCCUGGCUCGGAAAUCCCUGAGCCUAUUGCCAUCGGCAACAUGACACCAACUCUCGGGAGCCUUUCUUUUCUGCAUGGAGAACAGAAGAAAGGAGUCCUCCUAUGGACGUUUCCCAGCCCUGGCCGGCCUGAGGCCUUUGUCCUUCAUCUGUCAGGCCUGAGGAGCAGUGCUGCAGGUGGAGCUCAGCUUAGAUCGGCUUUUACUACUGCUGAAAUUGAACCCCUGGGAGUCUUCCAGUUUUCGCCAGGCUCAAGAAAUAUGACAGUGUCAGAGGAUGCACUGAUAAUCCGAAUAUGUGUGCAAAGACUGUUUGGGUUUCAGGGUGACCUGAUUAAAGUCUCCUACAAGACGACUGCAGGAAGCGCUAAGCCUCUGGAGGACUUCGAACCUAUUCAGAAGGGGGAAAUUUUUUUUCAGAGAUUCCAAGCUGAGGUUGAUUUUGAAAUAACCAUUAUUAAUGAUCAGCUUCCUGAGAGAGAAGAAACAUUUUACAUUAAUCUUACUUCAGUAGAAACUAGGGGACUAGGAAAGGGAGAUGUGAGUUGGAGACCUCGCCUAAAUCCAGAUCUCAGUGUUGCAAUGGUCACCAUACUGGACAAUGAUGACCUGGCUGGAGGAGCUGUCUCUGUCCCUGUGACAGCAGGGACUGUGGCAGCUGACAGCACUCUCCUUGCCGUGGAAGCUGAUUUCACCACACACCCUAACAAAAGCAAGAUAACCACCAUUCCAUAUACCACGGAGGUGUUUGCCCCUGUUACAGAGACAGUGGAUGUGUCUGCCAUCCCUGAGAAACUUGUCACCAUUCACAGCGCCAUAUCUGAGGAGCCUGACUUGGCCCCAGGAACCGCUCAGGCUGCAGUCUUUGGGACACUGAGUCUCGGACCCCCCAUUGUCUAUGUGUCAGAGGAAAUGAAGAAUAACACACCCAGUACUGCAGAUAUUCAAAUCCAGAGGACAGGCGGGUCUGCAGGCAAUGUCAGUGUAACGGUGAGGACUUUUGGGGGAAGAUGUGCUCAGAAGGAGCCCAGCGUCUGGCCCUUUCAGGAUGUCUAUGGAAUUGGCAACCUAACAUGGGCAGUUGAAGAAGAAGACUUCGAAGAACAAAUGCUAACCCUGACGUUUCUCAAUGGGGAAAGAGAACAUAGAAUUGCAGUUCGAAUUCUGGAUGAUGAUGAGCCCGAGGGGCAGGAAUUCUUCUACGUGUUUCUCACCGACCCUCAAGGGGGAGCAGAGAUUGUGAGGGGAAAGGAUGGCUCUGGGUUCUCAGCCUUUGCUCUAGUCCUUAUCACAGGUAGUGACCUCCACAACGGCAUUGUCGGCUUCAGUGAGGAGUCCCUGAGAGGCCUGGAGCUGAGGGAAGGAACUGAUAGGAGCAGUCAGCACCUAGUGGUCACAAGGCAGCCCAACAGGGCCUUUGGAGAAGUCCAGGUCUUUUGGAGAGUCACACUUAACCAAACAGCCACCAUUCUCCAGGAGAAGGGGCUAAACCUAACAGAUGAACUCCGGUCUGUGGCAGGGGUCACCACUUGCACAGUGGGUCAAACACGGUGUUUUAUCCACCUUGAACUCAAUCCCAAGAAGGUGCAUCAAGUUGAAAUGCCUUUCUUUGUGGAGCUGUAUGACGUCACUGCUGGGGCAGCUAUAAACAACAGUGCCAGAUUUGCCCGGAUUAAAGUUUCCAAGAGCGGGGACUCUCAGAGCCUUGUUUUCUUCUCUGUGGGUUCUCGGCUGGCAGUGGCUCACAAGAAGGCUACUUUGAUCAGUUUGCAGGUGGCCAGAGAUUCUGGGACAGGAGUGAUGAUGUCUGUUAACUUUAGUACCCAGGAGCUGAGGAGCGCUGAAACAGUUGGCCGGAUCCUCUUAUCUCCAGCUGUUUCUGGGAAGGACUUUGUGAGAACAGAAGGCACACUGGUCUUCGAGCCUGGCCAGAAAAGUGCGGUGUUGGAUGUUGUCUUAACACCAGAGACAGGUUCUUUAAAUAAAUUUCCUAAACGCUUUCAGAUUGUGCUUUUUGACCCAAAAGGUGGUGCCAGAAUUGAUAAAGUGUACGGGACUGCCAACAUCACUCUUGUCUCUGAUGUGGAUUCUCAAGCUGUCUGGGGUCUUGAAGACCUACUACAUCAGCCUCUACAUGAAGAUGUUCUCAACAGAGUGCUCCAUAGCCUCAACCUGAGAGUAGCCACAGAGAGCACAGAUGAGCAGCUCAGUGCUGUGAUGUUCAUAAUGGAAAAGAUAAUGAUGGAAGGAAAAAAUCAAGCUUUCAGUAUAGAAAGCCGAACUCUUUUGUAUGAACUCCUUUGUGCUCUCAUCAACCCAAAGCGCAAAGACACUAGGGGAUUCAGCCAUUUUGCGGAGGUGGCUGAGCAUUUUGCCUUUUCUCUUCUGACGGAUGUUGCCUGUGGGUCACCUGGUGAGAAGUAAGUAUUUUGUAAAAUUGUCAGUGCCUGAAUGUAUUUCCUCAUGGCUUGCAAGCAGUGAGUGCAAGUGGACAUCAAGAUGAUACACAGAGUAUCGGUUAGUGCUUUGCCUCUGUUGGUCAAUGAAUCCAAUUAUUAGAAGAAAAUCG